AUGCAUUUGGCUGGUGAGGAAAUUGAGCAGAGUGUCACACCAGUUCGUAAUAUUCUUCGUGAUAUUUUCGCUCAUUCCGUGCCAAACAUUCGAACAAGAUUUACCUUUCUAUCACCAGUCCCAUUUGGCUCAAUUAGUCCGAUCAAACGUACCUCGGUCAAGAGUAGUUUAUGGACUUCGAAAUCGAAGGUAAAUAAAUCUAACACAAUAGGUGAACUUCGACAUCUUGGUGACUGUAUGGGUCGAAAUUGCAUCACACCGCCGGUGAUUUCGGCUUUACGCCUAUCACCGGAUCCUUCUUCUCCUCUGCCAAACUCAGAGCCACAUAGUCAAAGAUCAACCCAAACAAAACCUUGCACCUAUUUGGAAGAGGUACUAAAAAAGAAGUACACUUCGUUCUAUAAUGAAUUCAUCACAUCCCAGUUAGACAGUGAAGCGAAACAACGACUGGAUGUUUUGCACUAUUUUGGACUAGCCAAUGCGGCCGGCGAAUCCACACUGCCUGGAGUACCCAAAACACCGAAUAACACCAAUUCGACUAAUAAUCGUCAGAUGAACAAACCGUUUCAACUGGAUUUACGCAAAGUUCUGGCUCAUUUGAAUCAAAGUGCGGUACAAUGCUUUGGUACCAACCCCAGUGCACACGGGUGUGGUGGUCGGAAAAAUCAAGUGAUUGUCCAACUGCGAAAAGGAGCACAAUCGAAUAAGGUACAGACUGCCCGAAAUUGGACUCCCGAACCGGCUCACAGAUUGAUCCUAUACUCUUCGGAUAAGUUAGCCCCCGGAGCUUCAGCACAACCAAGACGUGACAGACUGUUCACAUCUGACUGGCGGCCGCAUCAAUCCAGUUCGAGAACUCCUUCACCCGGAAUCACUAGAGUUCGACGAUCGAAAAUUUCAAACUCCACCGCACCAGAAAAGAUAUUUGGAUCGGAUAGGUGGAAAUACUCUUCUCCGAAAUCCUCACUCUCAAAAAAGCGAUUUAAAACUGGCCGGAAAACGACUCCAGUCAAGCCCAAUUAG